AAAGUUAUGUGCCAGAUCUAGGAAAUGUUUUAGUGUCCUAUUGGGCCGAAAGUAUGUGCAGGUAUUAGGAAGGUCCUUUUGAGCAUAUGAAAAAAUGCCUUCUCGAAGUAGUUAGGAUGGGAGUCAUAUUCAGGGCAGUCCUAGCUCCAGGAACCUUUCGUUUUGUCGAAUUAGUCCUAAGUCUAGCAAGGGAGACAGGUUAGAGUAGCUUGUUAAAAAAGUUAAAUUUGGGUCUCACUUUCAGAUUUCUUGCUUGAACUAACUUACUUGUAAUGAUGACCCUUACUGUCUUAAAUCUGGUAAAGAAAUGCUUCUCCUGCUCCUGCACUUGGCACCCCCUUCUCCUCUAUCAUAGUGCUAGAAUAAGGUGCCUCUCUUGAAAGUCCGCUUGCAGCUUUCACUUGCUAAAUGGUCAAGAAGUUAGCCAGAAACGAUUUGUGGCCCUUACUGGUUUUGUGCAUCAUCGCAAAGGGCCCAGAAUGAAAGAGAAGUGGAGAUGGGCAAACAGAAGCAAUCCAUUUUUCACUCCCAAGAAAUGCAGCAAAUAAAUGGUCAUGAAUAUGGUCUCAUCAUGUUUUAAAGUAAUUGAUUGAUCUUUGGAUGGCUAAAAUGAAACUUCAUCUUUGUUAUGAGACAUUGUUUUGAACCUACUUCUCUUAAACAUUUUAAGAGAGACUAAAUGCUGAAAAGAAGUGUCAGAGUAUGUAAUCUAGACUGGGAAAGGGGGAGGAAGUCAUACUGAUUGGGAAAGGCAGUAGUGAUUUUGCUCAAGGUUAGCUUAGGGUGGUUAUGUGCAAUCAACUUGUCCUUGACAUAUGGCAACUCCAUGAAUGAAUACCCUCCAAAAUAUUUGUAAACUCAGCAGUGUGGCUUCCUUUCUGGAAUCCAUCCAUCUUGUUUUUCAUCUUCUCCAUCUUCUUCCUUUGAUUUCUCUAGCAUUAUUACCUUCCCUAGGAAAUCCUUGUUUCUUAUUAUGUGCCCAAAGUACAAUAGCUUCACUUUCAUCUUUUGUUUGUUUUGUUUGUUUAUUUCCAAGGCAAGAUAAUUUUAUCUAAAUUCAAGGACCUGUAGGAAGGUUUCUCUUUUUUUUCCUAUGGACUCCUUUUCCCUUGGUAUUAUCUGUUCUCUCUCCAUCCCAUCUCCCUGGAGGCUUCUCUUUUUUGGGAGAGAGGGGUCUUCUCAUCACCUUUUGAUUUUUCCACCUCUCCUUUUCCUUUCUCCCCACCCUUACUGCUUCUGCCUCCCCAUAGCUCUCAUCAUUCCUUUUCCCUUCCCAAUGGCACUUCUGCCAUGCCUUCCUCCCUGCCAUGUAAAGAAAUUGACAUACAGAAUGGGCACUGACUCCAGGCAUUUCUUUCCAGCUCUGCCUGGAGAUGCCAGGGAUUAAACCUAGAAUGUUUUGCAUACAAAACAUAUACUCUACCACUGACCUUUAGCCAACCCAGUGAAGCCCAAGUACAAAUAACUGUAUCAUCACAUUUAUUGCUAAGGCUCUGCUCUGUUAGGAACAUAGAAAACAGCUUUAUAUCAAGUCAAACCAUUUGUCCAUCUAGCCCAGUACUGUUGACACUGACUGGCAGUGGCUCUCUAAGUUUUCAAGACAUAUUUUUCCAACCCUACCUGUAGAUGCCAGAGACUGAACUCAGGACCUUCUAUGUGCAAGCAGGUUGACUCAACUUUUAGUGACAGCGGACUGGAUCCUGCACUCUUCGUGGAAAGCAGGAAAAGGGGGAGCAUUGUAUCAAGAGCUAACAGCAUUGGCUCUACCAGUGCCUCUUCAGUACCAAAUACAGAUGAUGAAGACUCCGACUACCAGCAGGAAAGCUACAAAGAAACAUACAAGGACCGCCGCCGCCGUGCCCACACACAGGCUGAACAGAAACGGAGGGAUGCUAUUAAGAAAGGAUAUGAUGACUUGCAAGCAAUUGUACCUACAUGUCAGCAGCAAGAUUUCUCAAUUGGCUCCCAGAAGUUAAGCAAAGCGAUUGUGCUGCAGAAGACCAUUGAUUAUAUUCAGUUCUUGCACAAGGAAAAGAAGAAGCAAGAGGAAGAGGUCUCCACACUGCGGAAAGAUGUGAUGGCAUUGAAAAUCAUGAAAAUAAAUUAUGAACAGAUUGUCAAAGCUCACCAGGAUAAUCCUAAUGAAGUAAAGAACCAAGUCUCUGACCAGGUGAAGUUCAACGUUUUUCAGAGCAUCAUGGACUCUUUGUUCCAGUCUUUCAAUGCCUCCAUCUCUGUGACAAACUUUCAAGAGCUCUCAGCCUGUGUCUUCAGGUGGAUAGAGGAACACUGUAAGCCACAGACUCUACGAGAGAUUGUCAUUGGUGUCCUGCAACAGUUGAAGAGCCAACUUUACUAACUUCACAAAGGAUGCCAGGGAGGGGCGUAUUACCACUUAAGAGUUGUGUGGCCUAGAGGCUGUUUCUGCCAGUAAUUUAUCUUCAAGGUUUUGUUUUUGGCACGGAGGGAGUAGUUACUGAUAGUGUUAACCUUUGAAACCCUUUGUUGCACAACUAAGUUUCUUGAGCGAGUAGAAAAUAAAUAAGCUGUCCAUUCAUGAGGAUCAGCUAUUGCCAUAACUCCCUUUCAAGCCUUCACCCUGCCAUGUUCUCCAUAUUGACCUAACCUAUCUGAUAGAAAUUAAUCUAUAAAACAAUAGUCACAGGUUUAGCAUGAACCUGAUUCCUCUCUUAUGGGCACAGAAGCACCAGGACUUGAGCUCCCUUUAGCGAGCCUUUUCUGCAGACUGGUAGUUAAAACGUUUAAACUUCAGUACACAACAGAGACAUUACGUAUGAGGCUUGUAUUAAGUAACACUUAAGGCAUGGUUAAGCAUGAGUUUAAAGCAAAACUGUCUAUUCUGUGAUUCACCUGCAGACACUGAUUGUUUUCCCUAGUUUUUAAUUUCAUUUAAGUAUUGUGACCUGAACAUAUUAUGCAUUAAAUUGGCUUGCUUUGCUUAAUAUAUUCUGUUAGUCUUGCAGGAGAGAAAUAAGCUGCAGAAGGGCAAUAAGCCACAGAAGCCCCUCCCUCAAAUUCCUGUGUACGCCUGCUUCCAGUUUCUCUAACUGCUUGAUCUACUCACAAGCACGGUUUGCCUUCAGUACCACAGAUUAAUAGAUUCUAUAAAUCUAGCCAGACUCUAUUAAUCGAGAAUAUAGGAUGGUGGGGAGGCCUUUUCAAACCAUAGUUUCUGAUUGAUAAGGUGGUGUGAGCCUAAGCCAAUCCUGUUAUUUAGCUACAAAGAAGGUAGGCCCUUAUCUUUUUACAGGCAUUGCUUUCUGGAUCUACUGCUGGUUGGUGGAAAAAGAGCUUAAAUAGACCUCACUCAUGAAAAGUAAACUAUUUUUUUAACAUGACAAGCAACUCUAAUAAAUUUUGCUAAGUGUUUGAAUUAA